GAAACACAACCGCGCAACUAUAAGUGCGAAAUGACAACACGCUAGCUACACUUCAGCCACGCAAAAACAAGUGCGCUAAUUUAUUUUAUUUUUUAACAUUAUCGCAUCCUCGGAAUUACUCCAUGCUGCUGUACCGGUUGUCAGCCGUGAGCCAGACGCUAGCGCGAUGGGGACGAAGGUCACACCGGGGAGGGGGCCUCCUCAGCCGCUGCGUCUCCAUCAGCUCCGGUCGGUGUUUGGAUGUCAGCCCCGGAGAAGAUAAUGCUCAGCCGGCGGAGGAAGGCUCUCCUCAGACGCUGUACCGAGACACGGUGUUCCUGCCCCGGACAGAGUUCCCCAUGAAACUGACUGGACAGCAGCUUCUGGACCGAGAAGUUCAGAUUCAGCAGGAAUGUGGUUUUGCAGAACUGUACUCAUGGCAGAGAGAAAGGAAGGCCAAGAAAGAGUUCUGCCUUCAUGAUGGACCCCCAUAUGCCAAUGGAGACCCUCAUGUUGGACAUGCUCUCAAUAAGAUUCUGAAAGACAUCCGUAACCGUUUUGAGAUGCUAAGAGGACGACGGGUCCACUACAUCCCAGGCUGGGACUGCCAUGGCCUCCCCAUUGAGCUGAAAGCUCUGGGACAACUGGGCACCAGUGGUCUCAGUCCGCUGCAGAUAAGACAGAAAGCACGGGAGUUUGCAGAAGGAGCAAUAGUUCGGCAGAAGGCUGCCUUCCAGCGGUGGGGCGUAAUGGCUGACUGGGAGCAGUGCUACUACACGUUUGAUGGGACCUAUGAGGCAGCUCAGCUAAAAGUCUUCCAGGAGAUGCACAGCAAGGGUCUCGUAUACCAGGACUACAAACCUGUUUUCUGGUCUCCUUCUUCGAGGACAGCCCUGGCUGAAGCAGAGCUGGAGUAUAACCCAGAACAUGUGAGCAGAGCCAUUUAUGCCACAUUCCCUUUGAUCACGCUGCCACCCAAGGUUGCAUCAGAAGAAGGUCUGGAGAACAUCUCCGUAUUAGUUUGGACCACCCAGCCUUGGACCAUUCCUUCCAAUCAGGCUGUCUGUUACAUGCCCAAUUCCCAGUACUCGGUGGUGAAGAGAGCAGAUAAUUCUCAGCUGCUGCUGAUAGCGACUGAGCGCAUCGCCAGCCUGGGGACCCUGCUGGGCACAGAGCUACAUAGCGUCGCUACAUUCACAGGUUCCCAGCUUGAAGGAGGGAUAUGCAAACAUCCCACAAUUACUGACAAGCAAGUACCGUUACUGCCAGCCAAUCAUGUGACCAUGACUAAAGGAACAGGGUUGGUCCACACUGCUCCAGCUCACGGCAUGGAGGAUUACAGUGUGGCUUCACACUUUAACCUUUCUGUGGAGUGCGUGGUGGAUGAAGAUGGCAGGUUCACAGAGUUGGCAGGACCUGAGCUACAGAGCCUCUCUGUGAUGACUGAAGGAACUGAUAAAGUGAUUUCCAUGCUGAAGGAGAGUGGUUCUCUGGUGCUGGAGGAGCAGUGCGUCCACAGUUAUCCGUACGACUGGCGAACGAAGCAGCCCAUGAUCAUCAGGCCCAGUAAACAAUGGUUCAUCAACACAGAGUCACUCAAAGCCAAAGCCAAGGAGGCGCUGCAGAAGGUGCAAAUUCUGCCAGAGUCAGCAAGAAGCAGCCUGCUGGUCAUGCUGGACAGACGGACAUACUGGUGCAUCUCCAGACAGAGAUGCUGGGGGGUCCCGAUCCCAGUCUUCUACCAUAAAGAGACCGGGGAGCCUCUCCUCACCAAACACACGGUGACCCACAUAGCAGAACUCUUCAAAGACAAAGGCAGCAACUGUUGGUGGGAGCUUCCCAUCGAGGCUUUGCUUCCCCCUGAAGUCCUUAAGAAGAGUAAAGCAGGACCAGUGAGUGACUACGUUCGAGGAGAAGACGUUUUAGACAUCUGGUUCGACAGUGGAGCAUCAUGGGCAGCUGUACUCGAAGAGUCUGACUCCAAAGCAGAUUUGUACGUGGAAGGAAAGGACCAACUGGGAGGCUGGUUUCAGUCGUCGCUACUCACCAGCGUUGCAGUCAGAAACAAGGCACCUUAUAAGUCUCUGGUGGUUCAUGGCUUUGCAGUAGGUGAGAAGGGAGAAAAGAUGUCCAAGUCUCUGGGAAACGUUGUAGAUCCUGAUGAUGUCAUUAAUGGAACAAAGGACGGUCGUUUACCGGCUUACGGGGCUGAUGUGCUUCGUUGGUGGGUGGCAGAAUCAAAUGUGUUCUCCGAAGUCCAAAUUGGACCCAGUGCCCUCAACUCAGCCCGAGACAGCAUCAGUAAGUUAAGAAACACACUCAGGUUCCUGCUUGGAAACCUUCAGGGCUUCGACCCACAAGUGCAUGCUGUGGACCCCCAACAGAUGUACUACAUUGAUCAGUACAUGCUGCACCUGCUCCGCGAGUACAGCAUGAAGGUUACGGAUGCUUACAGUGAGUUUGAUGCUGGCAGAGUCAUCCGUGUCCUCCAAGCCUUCAUCACCAGAGACCUUUCCAGCUUUUACUUCAGCAUCAUUAAAGACAGGAUGUACUGUGAUCCGGAGGACUCAUUGGGAAGAAGAUCGUGUCAAACUGCUUUAGAGGAAAUUCUGGACGGUGUGACCAGAUCUGUCGCUCCCGUCCUGCCUCAUCUAGCAGAAGAGGUCUAUCUGCAUGCACCAGGACAUGCCAAAAAAGAGACCUUAUUUAAAAGUGGGUGGAUCAAAAGCAGCUCUGUGUGGAGACGACCAGGAUUAGAGGAGGCUGUGGAAGGAGCUUGUGCUAUCAGAGACUCCUUCCUGUCUUUGAUCCAUGGGAAAAACAUCAGUCAGUAUGACCUCACAAUCGCCAUCGAACCCGGCCUUUUGUUUGAGCUUAUGGAGUCUCUCCAAGAAGAGCCCACCUCCACUACUUCUCAGCUAGCUGAGCUAAUGAUGGCAGCACGGGUCAACCUGACCAAUAAACUGCCCCGCGAUCUGCACCCAGACGCCCCGGUGAGCCACGGGACCUUCCUCAUCAAUCUGGAAGGUGGGGUCAUUCGUGAGGACAGCCCCUACAGUAUCGCCGUGAUGCCCGCCUCUGCUGCUCGCUGUCCACGUUGUCGCCGCUACACAGCAGAGUCCGCGGACUGCCUCUGCCCGCGCUGCCACACCAUGAUCUCACAGGCUCACUGACACGCCUGUCACCAUGGCAACCAACACGCAACAUCCUCAGCAAGAAGCUUUUAUUUAUUUUUUAAGCUGGUUAGAGAUUGACUAAGCUGCUACCCUGGUCACUGCAAGCUAGCUGAAUCCACAGAAGGGUCUACAGUAAAAUACACGACAGACAUCAGACCAUACAGUCUCAAACUAUUUAACAUGCUAAUUUUUCUUCAGGUUCAGGUGUUAACUGUAAAACCAAAAUCGUCUUCUAUUCGAAGCAUGUGGAAGGUUGUUUACUGUAAAUACUGUUGGGAAGUAAAAACAGGCUUUUUUAGUGUAAAAUGGACGGGAACUUUUUAUGUUGAUGCAUAAUGCACUACGAGUGUCACUAUGUGACAAGUGAACUCGACGGAAAAGAAAGUGUUGACUUCCUGUCAAAAUGAUCUUUGUAAAAUAAAAUAUCUGUUCAUUUUUUCCCCCAGAAAUUCAGAUCGAUUCUGACGCAGAAAUGAAUCUGCAUUUGGAGGCAGAAGCAUGAAAACAAAAAUAAACCGCAAAACUUUUGAGAAACCUCUUUAUUCUGUUCGAG